AUGGCUCGCGUCAAACACAAUGCCACUACAAGGCCACCCCUAGCUAUAAAACCGGACUUUAAGCCUCGCAAACCGCUCGCAGUGAUGAGCACAAGACCACUCCAUGUAGAGACGCCUUCUCCCGAAAAUGACAAGGGAUCAACGUCUUCCUCAGCUCCCCCUUGGGGAGAGGACCCAUGGGCUGGGAUGGACCCAGGCCCUAAAUCACAGAAACAGGGCUCUAAACUCAUCGACUAUUGCGACAAGCCAGGCCAAUUCUGGCCUGAUGGCCAAGAGCCAGCUUUCAAGGGACAAAAAUCACGCAGGCGUGAGAUCAACAGGCUCAAGGAAGACGCCCGGCAAACGCAAUCGUUCCAUCCUAGAACCGGAGACAUCGAACUCUAUCACGAUUACUCCGACUACGAAGGUUCAUUUGAUGAUGAGGAAGAUUUCUUCGAAUCGCUCGACGACGAACACGACGUUAUACCCCCCGCUGCAGUCGCCCCCAUUCCUCCCCCUGAAGUCACCCCAGUUCCUCCUCCUACUCUUCUGACAUCGCCGAACAAGUUCCCAACGAGUCAAACCGCCGCUCCCCCCACCACUGUCACUCCCACCGACGCCUCCCCUCCUGAUGGACCUGCACAUGAAUCUGUUGUUGCCCUAUCGGAGGAACAACGGAACGAAAACAAGCAGUCGCUCAUCAAAAGAUUCAGAGACAAACAAAAUGGAAGAGUAGCAGAGGCUGCACGCCUCAAGCAAGAGAAGGAGAUGCACGCGCAUGAGGAGAAGGAGAAGCUGACGGCUCUUGAACGCGAGCGCGCUGAACAGGCACGCCUCGAACAGGAGCAUGUUGAGCAGAAAUGCAUUGAACAGGAGCGGCUCGAACAGGUGCGCCUUGAACAGGCACGUAUUAAACAGGAGCGCACUGAACAGGCACGCCUCGAACAGGAGCGCGUUGAGCAGAAACGCAUUAAACAGGAACGGCUCGAACAGGUGCGCCUUGAACAGGCACGUAUUAAACAGGAGUGUACUCCACCUCCGAGUCAGCUCCUUUGUGUUCGUUCCCGCUGCAACUUCGGCUGA